GUGCAGUCCUUCGUCGCCAAGCACUCCGGAGCGGCCGAGCCUGGCGCUGGCGGGACCGGGCAGCCUGCCGCCAGGCUCUGAGAAGCGGCUGUAGACCUCUACUAGAGAGUCCUUCCUCUGAAGAUGUCACCAGUGUGUGGAGCCUGCCGCACACCCACCCCCUGCCAAACCACGGCCUUUACCUGUGUCUUUCGGUGUUUCCCGUGCGACCCGUCCUGUGGGAGUGCCUCGUGGGCUGCCCCAGAGUUCGCCCCACGCUCAGCUGCACCCAUGGUGAAGAUGACAAGAUCCAAGACUUUUCAGGCAUACCUGCCCUCGUGCCACCGGACCUACAGCUGCAUUCACUGCAGAGCUCACUUGGCCAAUCACGAUGAACUCAUUUCCAAGUCGUUCCAGGGAAGUCAAGGACGAGCCUACCUCUUUAACUCAGUCGUUAACGUGGGCUGUGGGCCUGCAGAAGAGCGGGUGUUGCUAACAGGACUCCAUGCAGUUGCAGACAUUUACUGUGAAAACUGCAAAACCACUUUGGGCUGGAAAUAUGAACACGCUUUUGAAAGCAGUCAGAAAUAUAAAGAGGGCAAAUACAUCAUUGAACUAGCGCACAUGAUCAAGGACAAUGGCUGGGACUGACCUGACAACAUCCAUCCGGUCCAGCAUCCACAUGAAUGCCAUCCAACUGAACAUUCUACCCAAGCGUGAGAGAGUGACUGAACAAUUGGUUCCAUCCAUUUAGGGGCCUUGCCAUCAGGGGGCAUCCUCCCACCCUGACGCCAUCUUUUUGGGUGACUGGCCUCUAAAUUGCUGUCUCUCUGUC